AUGCAGCACUUCGGAAAGUACCACACAACUCUCCACCACACACACUCCGUUUGCGUGCAGCUGUGAAUGAAGCGCGUCUUGCUGCUCCCGUUAACCGGAGGAAAGGAUGAGAGUAAACGGUCGCGCUGCCGGUUACCGGACCGGUUGAGCGAGUCUGUUUGAUGUGGCGGCGUGUGCAUCACCAGAAUAUUUGGCUUUAAAGGGUAAGGGAGAGCAGGAACAAAAUACCUCACUAGAAACAUGGGCCAGUCUGGGACUUUAUCCUAUUUUUCUCUCGCUCUUAGACUCAGCAUCUUCCUCAUAGUUUUCUCCCAAGUGCUCGUGCCAGCCUCUGCGGGCAGCUCCAAAUCGAGCUUAGAUACGGAUACUUUUCCUAAUGAAACUUCAACACACGAGACAUGCGGUGGUAGUUUUGAAUGUAAAGAGGGAGUGAUCCUGCCAAUGUGGACACCCCUGAACCCAUCUUUUGGAGAUAAGUUGGCCAGAGCUACUGUGUACUUUGUUGGUUUAGUCUACAUGUUUCUAGGGGUGUCCAUCAUUGCAGAUCGCUUCAUGGCUUCCAUUGAGGUCAUCACAUCUCAGGAGAAAGAGAUCAUCAUCAAGAAGCCUAAUGGUGAAACCACAACCACGACUGUUCGUAUAUGGAACGAAACCGUAUCCAAUCUUACUCUCAUGGCUCUGGGUUCGUCAGCUCCGGAGAUUCUGCUCUCUGUGGUUGAAGUGUGCGGACACAACUUUGAUGCAGGGGAACUCGGCCCAAACACCAUAGUAGGAAGUGCGGCUUUCAACAUGUUUGUCAUCAUUGGUUUCUGCGUCUCUGUGAUACCAGAAGGAGAGCAUCGUAAGGUCAAACACCUGAGAGUCUUCUUCGUCACAGCGGCUUGGAGUGUCUUUGCAUACACUUGGCUUUAUAUGAUAUUGGCAGUGAUUUCUCCAGGAAUCGUAGAAGUCUGGGAAGGACUUCUCACUCUUCUCUUCUUUCCGAUUUGUGUCACGUUUGCUUGGGUUGCAGACCGAAGACUUCUAUUCUACAAGUAUGUACACAAACGUUACAGAGUAGGAAAACAAAGGGGGAUGAUCAUCGAAACAGAAGGUGGGCCUGAGCUACAGUCAAAAGCAGAUAUUGAAAUGGAUGGGGGAAUGCUUAACUCUCACGGUGAGGAAUUGUUAGACGGAAUGGUGGAUAUUGAAGAUAAAGUGAUGGAUGAGGAAGAAGCUAGAAAAGAAAUGGCCAGGAUUUUGAAGGAACUAAAACAGAAACACCCGGAUAAAGAGAUGGAGCAGCUCAUCGAGCUCGCCAACUAUCAAGUUCUCAACCAGCAGCAGAAAAGUCGAGCUUUCUAUCGCUGCCAGGCCACCAGGUUAAUGACUGGCGCCGGCAAUAUUUUAAAGAAACAUGCUGCAGAUCAGGCCAGAAAAGCAAUCGGCAUCCACGAACUUCGCUCGGAAGUCUCCGUUAAUGACGUCUCCUCCAAGAUCUUUUUUGACCCUGGCACAUAUCAGUGUCUUGAGAACUGCGGGACCGUGGCUAUGAACGUGGUACGACGUGGCGGCGACUUGACCAGCACCGUAUCUGUGGAAUACCGGACUGAGGAUGGCACUGCCAACGCAGGCUCUGAUUAUCAGUUCACAGAGGGCAUUAUAGUAUUCAAACCAGGCGAGACUGAAAAGGAGAUCACGGUGAACAUCAUCGACGAUGACAUUUUUGAAGAAGAUGAACACUUCCUGGUUCAUCUCAGCAACGUCAAGGUCAUAUCUGAAGGAACGGGUAAUGGAAACCUGGGCGCCAAUCACGUGGAAACGUUAGCCGGUCUUGGCCUUCCCUGCACGGCUAUUGUGACUAUCUUUGAUGAUGACCAUGCUGGCAUCUUCACAUUUGAGGAACCCAUGGUUCAUGUCAGUGAAAGCAUUGGUUCAAUGGAGGUUAAGGUGGUGCGUUCCUCUGGAGCUCGUGGAGUAGUGGUAGUGCCCUAUAAAACCAUUCAAGGGACGGCAAAAGGUGGAGGAGAGGACUUUGAAGAUACCCAUGGAGUCCUGGAGUUCCAGAAUGAUGAGAUUUUCAAAACUAUUCAGAUCAAUAUAAUCGAUGAUGAGGAGUACGAAAAGAAUAAGAACUUCUUUCUGGAGAUUGGGGAGCCACAAUUGGUGGAAAUGAGUGAGAGAAAAGCUGUGUUGCUGCAUGAGUUUGGUGGAUUCGUAAAGACAGGCAGGAAUGUGUACCGGAAAGUUCAGGGUGGAGACAAACCGAACCCCUCCACCAUUAUCAGCAUUGCAGAGGAGGGGGAUGAGGAGACAUUGACUGCAAAAGAAAAGAAUGAGAGGCGUAUCGCUGAGAUGGGUCGGCCGACGCUGGGCGAAAACAUGAGACUUGAAGUAAUCAUUGAGGAAUCCUAUGAGUUUAAGAGUACAGUUGACAAACUCAUAAAGAAAACCAACUUGGCUCUUGUGGUCGGAACCAACAGUUGGAGAGAUCAGUUUGUAGAAGCCAUCACUGUCAGCUCAGGCGAUGAUGAUGAUGAUGAGUGUGGUGAAGAAAAGAUGCCAUCUUGCUUUGAGUAUGUCAUGCAUUUUCUGACUGUAUUCUGGAAGGUUAUGUUUGCUUUUGUGCCACCAACCGAUUACUGGAAUGGUUGGGCGUGUUUUAUCGUAUCUAUCAUCAUGAUCGGCGUCCUCACUGCCUUCAUUGGAGACCUGGCAUCGCAUUUUGGCUGCACCAUCGGCCUCAAAGACUCUGUCACGGCGGUCGUGUUUGUGGCUUUGGGAACUUCUGUGCCAGAUACAUUCGCCAGUAAAGUUGCAGCUAUUCAGGAUCAAUACGCAGACGCCUCCAUCGGCAACGUGACGGGCAGCAAUGCCGUGAAUGUGUUCCUGGGCAUCGGGCUGGCCUGGUCCAUCGCCGCCAUCUUUCACCAGGCACACGGACAGUAUUUCCGCGUGGACCCCGGUACGCUCGCCUUCUCCGUAACCCUUUUCACCAUCUUUGCCUUCGUCUGUAUCGCCGUCUUGAUGUACCGCCGCAGGCCGGAGAUCGGGGGAGAACUGGGCGGAGCAAAGACUCCAAAAAUCCUCACCACCACUUUAUUUUUUAGUCUCUGGCUAACGUACAUCAUCUUGUCCUCCAUGGAGGCCUAUUGCAUCAUCAAGGGUUUCUAAAUGGACCAGAUGAUGAUAUUGAGAUAAAUUAAAAUAAACUGACAAAGACUAACAAGCGAAAAGGGUUCAAAGCAGCUGUGUAGAUGUUUUCUUGUGCUUUUUGUUGUGUUUGUCCACUGUUUGUUUUGUGUGUGAAUGAAUGCACACGCCUAUAGAAAAGCAGAUCUUUUAAAUGUCGCAACAGUUUCUCUUUAAGUUAAAUGGAGACUAUGUGGCUUUAUUUUUUGGCUAAAUUGUAUAAACUGAAUGACUUGUGCACUGCAAAAAAUUGACUUUCUUAUAGUUGAUACUUGAUGAGCAAAAUGACCUAAG